AUGGAGGAGCACAGAGAGAGGAACGAGGAGCUGAAGAGGCCAUGGGAUACCUGCAGGGAGGUCCCGGUCAUUGAAGAUGCGCAGACGCCCUGGAAAAUGAUCAAACUCCUUCGGAUUAUCUCCUUAAUUGCGGUUGCCAUCUUCGUGUUUGGAUUGGCUCUAUGUAGCAAGACAUCCUUCCUCCUCCUCGUCACCCUCUCCCAUGAAGACACAAAGACCCUCUCAUCUGAACAAAAGCCUCUCUCCCUGCUCUGUAUCGGCUGCUCUCUGGUGGCACCCAGUGUCCUUCUGUUGCUCAAAAGCAUCUGGAAAGCAUGCUACAAAUCAUCGAAAAUGCCCAGAAAAUCCACUAUCGCCCUGGUUCUGUUCAUCGAGCUUUUGGUGUCUUUGGGCGUGGCGGUUCUCACCAUUGUGGCCAUGCCACACCUGGACAUUGUGACCAACGCCGCGAUCCUGAACGGAGUCGCCGUCAUCUCUUCGUUCCUACAAGUGGUCGUCCAGUGUGCUGCCAGGAAAAUAAACUGCUUCCUGCUGCCUCCUGCCAUUGCACUCAUCCUCAUUGUACUCGGUUAUGCUUUGUUUGUCCUUUUGUACGUCUGGAAAGACCCCUCCGAUGUCGGGAUGGCUCUUUGGGUGGGUUUGGCUGUCGGUGCCUCCAUCCUGGUGUCUUUCAACUGGUGGGAGAAUUACUUCCAACUCAUUUGUGACAACAGGUCCAACUUCCUGAAAAACCUAUUCAAAGACAUGACGAAGUGCCAAAAUGUACUGCACAUCCUGUGUAGCCUUCUCAGGGUUCUGGUCACUGCAUGUGUGCUGGGAGCCUACGUCCCUCUGGCCAAAAUGGACUGGAAGGUAGUGACAUCCAUCCCCAGCCGAGAGACGAGGGUCGUAGUCAUCAUCGUCGGGGUCCAGCUGAUCUCCUCAGUGCUGUGCCAUUGGUUUGCAUUGGUGGCCUGCAAGAUGCACGCCUUGAGGCGGUGCUUCGUCCUGCCCCUGUACCUGGCCUCCCUGGCUGUCAUGGCUUUGCUCAUCACCCCUGUCAUCGUUAACCACCAGGACUUCAGAACAAGCUUGAACACCACAGAAAACAUCAGCUUCACAGGCUACUGUGGCGAGGUUGUGGAGUUAAGGAACCAAACCCUGAAAGACAGCGUGUUCACCCAUCUGGUUUAUGAUGUUACACAAACUCUGUGCUUUCUGGACAUGUCGGACAUCACAGACAUUGGCCUGCUCACAGGCGCAGCUGCAUCCUGGUGGAUAGGCCUGGUUUUGUCCACCCUCUACAUUUGUAACCUCACUGUCUAUCGCAUUCAAAAGACACAGGACCUCUUCGUCAGGCGACUGUACGAGGGCGCCUUUAUCGAGCAGUCCCUGCUCCUCAACACCCGAUUCCAGAUCCAGACCAAAGACAAGAGUCACCGGCUUAAGGAGAUAGCCAACGAUGCCAUGAUCUAUCUGUGUGCGACCAUGUGGCACGAGACCAACGAGGAGAUGAUGAACAUCAUCAUAUCAAUUUUCAGGCUGGACAAGUACAGACCAAAGGCAGAGGAGACCAAAGACUUCACCUUUGAGGCACACAUCUACUUCGACGAUGCAUUUGAGAGCGUUGAGGGGAGCCCGGGCCGUCGCCUCAACGAAUACGCGAAAUCCCUCGUGCUCAUCAUCACAGAAGUUUACGGCAUCUUCGAGAACAUAGAUAAAAAGGUAUUCCAAACGCAGUCGCAGAUCCCUGAGCAGAGUCUCAUCAGGACCCCGUAUGGAGGUCGCCUGGUCGUCACCAUGCCUCAUGGGAACAACUUGAUAGUUCACUACAAGGACAAAGAUCUCAUUCGCCACAAGAAGAGAUGGUCACAGGUGAUGUACCUCUAUUAUCUUCUGGGCUGGAAACUCAUGACCAAAUACUACCGGCGGAUGCAGGCGAGAGAGGAUGAGGAGACUCUGAGGGAAGAGAUCCAGAAAGAGAAGCGCAACACCUACCUCCUGGCUUUGGACGGGGACACAGACUUCCAGCCUGCCGCGGUGAUGCUGCUCAUCGACCGGCUGAAAAUGUACACCCGUGUCGGGGCCGCCUGCGGCAGGAUUCACCCCACUGGCUCAGGGCCCAUAGUUUGGUUCCAGAAAUUUGAGUAUGCGGUCAGUCACUGGCUGCAGAAGACGGCCGAGCACGUGUACGGCUGCGUGCUGUGCAGCCCGGGCUGCUUCAGUCUGUUCAGAGCCGAGGCGCUGAUGGACGACAACGUGAUGAAGACGUAUUCCAACAAGUCCAUCAAGGCCAGCCACUGCAUCCAGUACGACCAAGGGGAGGACCGCUGGCUGUGCACUCUGCUGCUGAAGCAGGGGUGGAGAGUGGAGUACAAUGCAGCAUCCGACGCCUACACCAAUGCACCGGAAGACUUUAAAGAACUGUAUAACCAGCGCAGACGGUGGGGGCCGUCCACCAUGGCCAACGUAGUGGACCUGCUGGGCUCCUCGACCGUCCUUUCCAAGAGGAACCCGUCCAUCUCCAAACCCUUCAUGCUCUACCAGCUGUUUGCCAUCAUCUCAGGUGUUCUGGCGCCGGCCACCAUCUGCCUCAUGGUUGCAGGUAGUCUGUCCUUGCUGCUGAAAAUCCCCUCUGCCGAGGCUCUGAUCCUGUCUGUGAUACCUCCUACCAUCUACCUGGGUCUCUGCUUUAAGCUCAAGCCGGACACUCAGAUCACCAUCGCAGCAGUGCUGAGCGCCCUGUAUGCCUUGCUGAUGCUUUUAGUGACUGCGUCUAUUAUCGGCUCAAUGGCAAAGGAGGAAAACAUCCUGACCCCCAGCAGUGUUUUUAUCAUCGCCAUGUCCAUCAUCUACGUAUUCACCGCGAUGAUGCAUCCUCAGGAAGUCUCCCUGGUGUUCUACGGCUUCCUCUACAUCCUCUGCAUCCCCAGCGCUUACCUGCUGCUCACCAUCUACUCCAUGGUCAACAUGAACUGCGUCUCAUGGGGCACCAGGGAGGUGAAGCCCGCCGCCGGGGCUGCCGCCGCCCCCCCGCAGGCACCCGAACAGAAAAGUAAGCCCCACGCAUUUUUUUUCCCCUUUCUCCUCUGGUUUUGGCACGAGAGCAGUUUACGACCCAGUCAGACGUCUGAAGACGGACGAGAGAGCGUGAACGCGGAGCCCACACAGGGUGGGCCUCAGCCCCAAAACAGCAUCGUGGACGACAUCGCCCAAGACGAGCAAGGAUAUAUGUUUGAAUUGACCGCAUUUGUCCUGCAGGAGGAGGAAAACUUCUGGAAAGACUUUCAGGAGAAAUACCUUCUACCACUGCCAAAUGACAAGGAGAAACAGAAACAGAUGCACGACGAGCUGCGCCAGCUCAGAAACAGGAUCAGCUUUUCCUUCUUCUUCAUAAACCUCCUGUGGCUGGUGACAGCCUUCAUCUUCCAGGUCCUCAACGUUUUACCCAUCAGGAUAAACCUGGUCAACUUCGACCUGACUGAGACUGGAGAAACCUUCCAAAUCGAGCCCACGGGUUUCAUGUUCAUUCUGGGAUUCGCUUUGUCGGUCCUGCUCCAGUUUUUGGGCAUGUUUUACCACAGAGUCUCCACGCUCAUCCACUAUGUAGCUUUUCUGAACACUGAGCUCAGACAACAGAAAGACAAGGAAAAAACACCCUUACAGGUAUUGGCUUUUUUAUUUGACAUCUCCCUGUAA